AUGGCGACCACAGAAUCAGUCCUCGAGCAGCCCGCCGCUCACCUCCACCCAUCAUCCCUCAGGACGCUCGAUCAAACAUCCCUUCAUCUCUUGCCAUGCGGAAUCCAACACGACGGCAAGGCCAACAUCCCCGGAUUCUUUUUCCUCGUCGACGGAACGUACCCGUCCACGCUAGACCAUGCCUCAGCAGCAGCAACAACAACAACAACAACAUCAAGAACAAUAACAACAGCAGCAGGAGUAUUGGAGUCAACAACAUCCGUCAUCGCGCCCGAGGUCUCGUUCCGGGGCAGGACACUCAAGGGGACCGUGAUGAAAGUCCCCGCAGGAUACAUCGGCACAAUCUACAAUCUGGCCGAGCAAAAAGGACAUACUCAAGACAGCGCCAGCAACGGCGCAAAGCCCAACCAGGACAUGAUGGACCUGGAAGAUGAAGACCAAGAAUAUGAGGCCAUGUUGAAGGGUAUGCAGGAAGAGCGCAAGGCUAUGAAAACCGCGGCACAGUUUCAAGAGUGGACCUCCUGGGGACACGACGAUCAGCCCACAGCCAGGACGGAUAAGGUCGUCCGCGCAAUGCAAUGGAUCGAUAUCGCCAACGUCUUGCAUGAACCCCUCUGCUAG